AUGUCCUCAACCAUUUUUGACCCUGCCAUGCUUACUGCUUCCCCCACUCCCUCUCCUGAACCUGAGGAACACCCUCAACAUGAGGGCAACACAUCUUUGAAUGAUGCCACUCUGGACGAUGUGUCUCCAAAGGAGCCACAGGAGUCCAACGUGGAUCAGAUCGAACAGUCCUGGGCUGCGGUUCUUAACACAAUGCGCAUCUACGUGAAGAUGUGCCCUCCCCUGAAACCACAGCUCUUGGAGGAGCAAGAGUCCGACUCUGAUGCGGUUGAACUUGCAGAGGGUAAGGUUGCCGCCAAAGCGCUGACAAAGGCUGUUCAAGCGUGGAAGGAGAAAGUGGCAGAAUCUGCCGUUACUGCGCAUCCUGCGUGCGCCAAGAAGGAGAAGAUUGCUGAGGAGCCAAAGGCAACAGAGAAAGGAAAGGGAAAGGAAGUCGUUGGUGCCAUAGAGUCGACUGAGAAGGCAACAGAGGACUCGACUUCGCCUGUGGUAGUAGACAUGGGUCGACCAGUGAGUUUCUACUUUUUCUUUUUGGAUUCGGUUUAUGCUGAUGCAUUGUAG